AUGGCACCUCCAUUCAGCGCCCGCAUCCAGCUGCUUCUCUUGAGAGCAGUAGGUUUUCUCAUAGGCCUAAUAGGCCAAGCGGCUCGAGCCUUUGGCGGCCCAAAAUUUGGCUCAAGAACCACCGGUCCUGUGAACGAACCCUUGCUUCUGCUUUCUGCAAUACAGCUGGCUAAACUGAUUAGACAGAGGAAGGUGAAGUGUAUAGAUGUUGUUCAAGCUUAUAUCAACAGAAUCAAGGAUGUGAACCCAAUGAUUAAUGGAAUUGUAAAGUACAGAUUUGAGGCAGCCAAAAAGGAGGCUCAUGCUGUUGAUCAAAGGCUUUCAGAGAAACUGGAAGAUGAAUCUACCCUGGAAAAGAAAUGGCCCUUCCUUGGGGUUCCUUUGACAGUAAAGGAAGCUUUCCAACUACAAGGAAUGCCCAAUUCUUCUGGCCUUGUGAACCGUCGUGAUGCUAUUUCAAAAACAGAUGCCACUGUGGUAGCAUUACUGAAGAAAGCAGGUGCCAUUCCCAUUGGCAUAACCAACUGUAGUGAAUUGUGCAUGUGGUAUGAAUCCAGUAACAAGAUCUAUGGCCGAUCCAACAACCCAUAUGAUUUACAGCAUAUUGUAGGUGGAAGUUCUGGUGGUGAGGGAUGCACCCUGGCAGCUGCGUGUUCAGUAAUUGGUAUGGGUUCUGAUAUUGGUGGCAGCAUUCGUAUGCCUGCUUUCUUCAAUGGCAUUUUUGGUCACAAGCCUUCCCCAGGUGUGGUUUCCAACCAGGGUCAGUUUCCCAUGGCUGGAGAAGCCCAGGAGCCUUUUCAGUGCACUGGUCCAAUGUGCCGCUAUGCCGAAGAUCUGAUCCCUAUGCUGAGAGUCAUGGCAGGACCUGGGAUUAAAAGGUUAAAACUGGAUGCAAAAGUACAUUUACAGCACUUGAAAUUUUACUGGAUGGAACAUGAUGGAGGCUCACUUUUAAUGUCCAAGGUAGACCAAGAUCUCAUUCUUGCUCAGAGAAAGGUUGUGGCCCACCUUGAAAAUAUUCUAGGUGCUUCAGUUCAACAUGUUAAACUGAAGGAAAUGAAGUAUUCUUUUCAGUUGUGGAUUACAAUGAUGUCAACAAAGGGGCAUGAUGGAAAGGAACCUGUAAAAUUUGUGGAUCUCCUUGGUGACCAUGGGAAACCAAUUAAUCCUCUUUGGGAAUUGAUCAAAUGGUGCUUGGGUCUGUCAGUAUACACUAUUCCUUCCAUUGGACUGGCUCUGUUCGAGGAAAAGCUCAAAUAUAACAAAGAGAAAUACAAGAAGUUUAAGGCAGUUGAAGAAAGCCUGCAUAAAGAACUGGUGGAGAUGCUAGGUGAUGAUGGUGUGUUCUUGUAUCCCUCACAUCCCACAGUGGCUCCCAAGCAUCAUGUUCCACUUACGAGGCCUUUCAACUUUGCUUAUACAGGUGUCUUCAAUGCCCUUGGUUUGCCUGUGACUCAGUGUCCACUGGGGUUGAAUGCCAAAGGACUUCCUGUAGGCAUCCAGGUUGUGGCUGGACCCUUUAAUGAUCAUCUUACCCUGGCUGUGGCUCAGUACUUGGAGAAAAGUUUUGGUGGCUGGGUAUGUCCUGGAAAAGUUUAG